CUGUUGGAGGGUGUCGGAAUAGACUCUGAGAAGCAGAGGGAGGUCUGGGGGUUGCGCAGGAAUGAAUACUUCUGUUCCUUUGAGAUACAGGCUUCUUCCUAGGAGAAGGACCACCCACCAAGGUCUACCCUGGAGACCAGCUCCCAUUGUUACUUUUCUGGGAACCUCACUCAGCGUAUGCUCAUCUGCCUGCAUUUCUGCUUCAGAAAACAAUCCUGAGCUCCUUAGUCUCCUCCCAGGACUUCCCAGUGGGGGAAAGUCACCCCUUCUUGCCACCCCUGAUGUGCACCCAUUCCCCAAGAGCUUACAAACUUCUGGUACAUGUCAAAUGCCAGCUGGUGCAGGUGAUGGGCGCGGAGCAUAGCAUUGUUAAAAAGCCAGGAUAAGGGAAUGGUUGGGAAGGCACUGCCCUCUUGAAGCGAAGGUAGGCACAGCAGGGCAAUAGCCAGAAUCAGGCAUGUCCAGGAGCCUGGGGAGAAACCGGAGGGCAACAGAGGGAAUGGAGAGCAAGAGGCCAGUGCUCUCCGUGCUACAGGAGCUGUUUUUUUUCUCUCCCUCCCUCCAGGGACCAAGAACAUUCUGAGAUUGGCCAAAUAUCUGGGCUGAGAUGCCCCCGUCCCAUCUACAGGGCUCCGCCUCUCCCCUCAGGACACAUCGUGUGGAAAGGGAUUUUAGGGGCGCUUACCUGCAGCCAUUGCAGCUAGACAAGCCACGGUUAGAGGAAUCCCGAUGCUCUGGCAAACAGACCUGGCUGGAAGGGAUGGAACACAUGCUUGGCUGUGUCCCAAAGGGAAACCCAGCUCCAGCCUUGGUGUGUACCUGGAAUGGGGUGGUCUUUGACCUUCAAGUGCCACAGAAGGCAACUCAGAACCACACCGGAGCCUACUGCUGCACAGCCACUAACCAGCUGGGCUCUGUCAGCAAAGACAUUGCUGUCAUUGUUCAAGGACUGGAUGAAGGAAUCAGCUCUACCCUCUUUGUCGUUAUUACCGUUGCCCUUGGAGUGGGUGUCAUCACCAUAACACUGUAUUUGAGCUAUCGGCCCUGCCAAGUGGACGGGAGGAAAUUGCUCUAUAGACAGAAAGAGGAGGACAAAGAGGAGAAAAGCCAGUUUACUGUUGAGGAAGAGAAAAGUACAACUCAUAUAAUUGACAGCUAUUUGAUUGAAUGAGACUUCUGCUACUGUGGUUUCCCAGGGAGG